UCGUGUCAAUCGCGACUUCUCGGGUCAUUCCGACAAGCUCGGAAAUGGCGCUUUACGUUUGCAGGAAAGGCCCGAGAAUAUGUGAAUCACGUGCGGGAGCGCGGGUUCUAAUCCAGGACACGACAUUCACAUCAUGGAAGGGACAUGAUACAGUGAUGAACAAUUAACGAUGUACGGAGUGUAAUUUCGGAUAUGACUAUGUCUGCUUACAUGCAUGUGCACGUCCAAUGGAAAGUAAAUUUUAUCUUUUACGUGUGCAAACUUGAAGCGGGUGUUCUUGGCAAUAUGCAAUUCGAUGAUGGUUCCAAAGCACGAAUCAGCCCGAUUGUGAACAAUUGCAGUGCACGGUCGAUAUUUGAAGAGCGCUGUAGUUCUAGAGAAUCGGGUACAUUUGUCAAAGAUGCGAAUACAUUCAUCAAAGACACAACCAUAUCAUCCAAUGAACACCAGCGAGUAACACGGAAGUGUUUUCUUAAAUCUGUUAUCUACCUCCAUGUAAUCAUAAGUACACCAUCAUUAGUCCAAUUAAGAUGGUCCUGUCAAGUACAGGUAUUACAAGUCACACGUCUUCUGCUGAUCCAUUAGUAGGUGCUCAGGAAAGAAGGAAAAUCAUGGCUGUCAGAUCUAGACCUUCAGAUUGUGUGAAGGAAAAACAUGGCUGUCAGAUCUAGACCUUCAAGUUGUGUGAAGGAAAAACAUGACUGUCAGAUCUAGACCUUCAGAUUGUUGAUGGAAAACAUGGCUGUCAGAUCUAGACCUUCAAGAUGUGUGAAGGAAAAACAUGGCUGUCAGAUCUAGACCUUCAAGUUAUGUGAAGGAAAAACAUGACUGUCAGAUCUAGACCUUCAGGUUGUUGAUGGAAAACAUGGCUGUCAGAUCUAGACCUUCAGGUUGUGUGAAGGAAAAACAUGGCUGUCGGAUCUAGACCUUCAGGUUGUGUGAAGGAAAAUCAUGAUUGUCAGAUCUAGACCUUCAGGAUGUGUGAAGGAAAAACAUGGCUGUCGGAUCUAGACCUUCAGGUUGUUGAAGGAAAAACAUGGCUGUCAGAUCUAGACCUUCAGGACAUGUGAAGGAAAAACAUGGCUGUCACAUCUUGACCUUCAGGUUGUGUGAAGGAAAAACAUGGCUGUCACAUCUUGACCUUCAGGUUGUGUGAAGGAAAAUCAUGAUUGUCAGAUCUAGACCUUCAGAUUGUGUGAAGGAAAAACAUGGCUGUCAGAUCUAGACCUUCAGGUUGUUGAAGGAAAAACAUGGCUGUCAGAUCUAGACCUUCAGGUUGUGUGAAGGAAAAACAUGGCUGUCGGAUCUAGACCUUCAGGUUGUGUGAAGGAAAAACAUGGCUGUCAAAUCUAGACCUUCGGGUUGUUGAAGGAAAAACAUGGCUGUCAGAUCUAGACCUUCAGAUUGUGUGAAGGAAAAACAUGGCUGUCAGAUCUAGACCUUCAGGUUGUUGACGGAAAAACAUGGCUGUCAGAUCUAGACCUUCAGGUUGUGUGAAGGAAAAACAUGGCUGUCGGAUCUAGACCUUCAGGUUGUGUGAAGGAAAAACAUGGCUGUCAAAUCUAGACCUUCGGGUUGUUGAAGGAAAAACAUGGCUGUCAGAUCUAGACCUUCAGAUUGUGUGAAGGAAAAACAUGGCUGUCAGAUCUAGACCUUCAGGUUGUUGACGGAAAAACAUGGCUGUCAGAUCUAGACCUUCAGGUUGUUGAAGGAAAAACAUGGCUGUCAGAUCUAGACCUUCAGGUUGUUGAAGGAAAACCAUGGAUGUCAGAUCUAGACAUUCAGGUUGUGUGAAGGAAAAUCAUGGCUUUCAGAUCUAGACCUUCAGCUUUUCCUGUUAGUAUUUUGUUCCAAGUUGUGCUUGAAACAUUUCAAAUGUGUACAUUAAUUUCAGCGAAACUGAUACCUAUGUACUUAUACCUAAUUACAAUAGUGGAUAUAGGCAACUUUCAUGUAGAGUGUAUAUUAGCAUGUGCAUGAAGAGUGAAAUUGUUGUUUCGUGCUAAUGUAUUGGUUUCUACAAUCAUAUAAUUGUUUUAAUGGCGUAUAAUGGUGAAU